AGUGACCGAAGGAGGUGUUGUUUGAGCUUAGUAGGUUUCCUUGUUAUGUUUGUGAGGCGCUUUGGGAUAGCUGGAUAAAUUGGAAAUGGACGGCAAUUUGGAGGGCGAGGAUUACUGGAACACCUCAGCUAAUAAAGCGUUUAGCUUUGAUGAGAAUGACGAUACACCUUCACCUGAUUCGUCAAACCGGUAUCGUCUAAUAGCGGAUGAUUCCGCAUCAGAAGUCAGCUUUGAAUUCUCAAGCAGCGAUAUUCCCAUCAAUACUCUUAUAUCGGAUGUGGAUUUGAAGAGAAUCCUAGAUGAACAACUUCUAGAAGAGAGUCACUUUCGUAAAGGAAUGUCACAGGAAGAAGAGCUCAAACUACUCAGAAGAAAAAUGCAGGACAUAGUACAUGCACCCCCAGCUGAGGUUGCCAUCAACAAAAUGCUGUUAGGUAAAAGAUACUCUCUAACGGCAUAUAAAUCUCUUCAUGAUAAGCAACAACUACUGGAUGAAGCUAUUGCCAGCGGAAGUGGUGAUGUGAUUUUAGGGGUGGUGUUGUUUCUGGUGAAGACUUUAAAUAAGAAACAGUUGAAUCGGAUACUUCUAGAACGACCUGAUGCAUGUAAUAGUUAUUUAAAUUAUUUGGUGACUCGAUUAGAUAUUGCGGAAGCAACCGAUUUUUUGACGAUGCUUGGUAGGGACCAAGAAGCUGCUAUGUUACAAUUCAAAACGGCCGUGACUAUGCAUUCGGAUCCCACAAUGAAAAAGAAUCGACUGAAGAAAGUAUUCUCUGACUAUUUUACUCAGCCUGGAACUAAUUCUCUGCAUACACAACUCGUUGCUAGUGCAAUAAAUUUACUAGAAUGGCAGCUAUUAGAAAACUCAACAACGUCAGCGGAUAUUGUUAAUUCAUCUGCGUUGGAGACACUUUAUUAUGCUUUUGGGAAGCAUAAAUGGAAAGAUGGAACUACGAACGACCAAAAGAAUCCUUUCAAGUUCGCAACAGACCAUCAGAUAAGUGCUCCGCAACUUGAAUGGGUUGCGUUGAAUGAGCGAGCUAAAGCGCAGGCUUACUUGGAUUUAGACGGUCUUUUCGAGAAAUCGAAAUGGCAUUCUAUAAAAUCUAAACAGUUCCAUAUAAAUCUCCCGCUUGAGGACGUGAUCAUGCGACUUUAUCACUUGAAUGCGCCACAACCGGUUCUAAAUUCUUUCUUGUCACAUGUAACUGAUUCCGAAGUGAAAUUAUCGUUGGCUAAAGAAGUAAAAGCCGUCCGAAGUGUGAUCGAUGUCCUAGGUACGAUGAAAGAUAAAACAGAGUUGGAGAAAUAUCGCGACCAACUGGCAGAAGGUACAGAGGAGCGAAUUUAUGCUGACAAUGCAAUAAGGAAUUUUAGUAAACGAUGGUCUACUGACGGAUUGAAACUAAUGAGGAAUUAAGACAACGGAUGAGGUAUGAGAUACUGGUUACAGUUUUGUAUGUCCUUCUACCAAAUAGCUGAAAAUAUUUUAUUAUUUUCUCAAUUUUUGCUACUUUAUUCAAUAAAUAUUUAAUCUUCU